AUGGCCGGCGGCGGAGGAAAAUACCGGCACCUGGGCCGCAAGUCUUCACAUCGUCAGGCCCUGCUGCGCAACCUGGUGACCUCUCUCUUCGAAAACGAAUCCAUCACAACGACAUGGCACAAGGCCAAGGAGGCCCAGCGGUUGGCUGACAAACUGAUUACCCUGGGAAAGAAGAACUCGGAGGCCUCUCGGCGACGGGCCCUGGAGAUUUUCUAUAAACCACACCAAAUCAUCCCCAAACUCUUCGGACCCCUCCGCGAACGCUACGCCGACCGACCAGGCGGCUACACCCGCGUCCUCCGCAUCGAACCAAAGCAGAAAUACGAAUACUACUCAGUAGCCCAGGGCGACAAGUCCGCGAUCCCAGAACGCAAACCCUGCGACCAAGCGCCGUCGGCAAUUCUCGAACUCGUCGACGGACCCAAGGACAUUCGCUUCGCCAUGACAGCGCGAACAGUCCUCCGCCAGCGUGAGGGUUAUUCCGGCCAAUUGAAUAACAUCACCAAGCUCAACGUCGAGAAAGUGACUCGGUUCCGGAAGGGUGGUGCUGAGGCGCUGGAGGAGGCUAUUCGGAAAUUGCAGGUGGGCGAUAAGAAGGGCGCUGCUAAGAUUGUGAAGGAGCAGGAGGAGUUGGCUGAGAGUGAGGAUAAGGCUGCGGCUGAGGAGGCUAUGAGGUCUGAGAAGCAAGCUGCUGAGUUGGCGAAGAAGGUUGAGAAUUUGAAGGUUUAG